AUGAAUGGAAGCAGUUCCGAGACAAAUUUGCUGAGCCUCGACCAACAAUCAACAUCAUCGGGUUUACACACUGCGUUCAAUGGAGGACAAAACACAGAAGAAAAUGAUCAAAAUUCUGUAAUGACUGGAAAUGAAGACAAUAUGGACGUAGGAGGAGAUGAAGAAAAUGAAACUGGAGAAACUAGCAGUGAUGAGGAAGAAGAAGAAGGAUUUCAAUUUCAUGAUUAUCCGAUCAUUUCUCAAUUACAAGGAGAGGAACAGAACAUAUUAAAAUUAUUAGAUUAUGGAAUGUCAUUUAUUGAAAAUCUAACAAAAGCCACAAAGGAAAACAUUAAUACGGAAAGAUCAAAAGAAGAAUUGAAAAAAACAAUUACAGGAUAUUACGACACUCUGUUUAAUUUAAAGAACAAUCUUGCUAGGCAUAUACAUUUAGCUUCACUCUACUCUUCAUUAAAUUAUGAAGGAUCCACGUAUUCUGAGCGAAAGAAAAUAGAAAUUGAAAACAGAAAAGCCAAAAUAUUGAAAAAUUCAUCAAUAGAUCAAACGAAAGCACAUUCAGACAUUUUUAAUGAUGACAUGUCACUUAGUACCCUUCAAAAUUUAGACAAUAUUUCUCAAUCUAACAUUUCGAUUCAAAGACAGGACAAUUAA